UCCUAGCUACAUCUGUUUACUCUAGCCAGUCAGGAGUUGGUCAAGUCCGCUUCUGGUUGCUGGCUAUCUAGAGGUCCGCGAUGGACACAGAGCGAGGCUCCUUAGGCACUCGGGAUGUGGAGAGCACCAAGAAGGAAGUUCAACUGAGGGUAAUCCCUUCGGAGCUGAAGUUCCUGGAUGCAGUGUCUGGGAAAGUGUACCGGCUCCCUCUCGUUGUGCACAAUUUGGGCCGCUGGAACCAGAAGAUGAGGUUUCAAGAGCCUGGGAAGCCACAGUUCAAACUGUUGUUGUCGAGUCUGGAUAGGGAACUAGCUUCUGGCCUUCAGAUGUCAGCAAUGGUGGAAUAUCGUCCUGAUAAAAAUGAAGACGUGUUUGAUCACAUCCUUAUCUAUGCAGGAAAUAAAGUUCUAGAGGUUCCUCUGAUUGGGCUGAUUCCAACCUGUCACCUGGAAAUUGUGCCAGUAGUUGAUUUUGGCAUAUUAGUUGCCAAUAGUAAAGUGCAUUGUAAAGAGAUUAGUAUUAUUAAUCGUGGCAAAGCUCCAGGCAUGUUCAAAACAGAAUACCAGGGUCAGUUACCUAUUGUGAUUUCUCCAAGUAGUGGUACUGUGAAGGCUAAGUCAUCAAAGGUCAUCAAAGUGGAUUUCUGUGCAGACAAGUCCCAGAUUGUAAAUGAAGUGGCAAGAGUGAGUUUGCAAGGUCGUCCUGAUACACUCUUGAACAUCAAAGUUCAUGUGGUUGAGCAGAUAAUCGAAUUGCUUAGCAUGAAUUGUGACAGGAAAUUGCAAUGCAUACAGUUUGGUUCUGUUUUCUUUGGAACAUCAAAACUUGAGCAUGCACUUCUGUUUAACAAUAGCCCUGAAACUGUAAACUGGGUGGCAAUAAUGCAAGAUGACUGUGUUGGAGAAGAACUGGGAGCAAAUAUUCAUCUAAGGACAGAUAUUGCCUUAAAUAAUCUCCCCUACUUAAACAAAAUAAAGAAAAUAGAUAUGACUGAUUUUAUGACCUGUGUUCCCAAUGAAGGGACUUUACUCCCCUAUCAAAAGAUUGUAAUUACAUUUUGCUUCAGCCCAAAGCUAGUAGUUGAUAUUAAAAAGGAUGUUGGGCCUUCACAUAGGCAAGACUAUGCUCUCUUUGUGAGAUUUGAUUCUGUGGGAAGUAAAGAUGGAUUUUUAAGAGAUGAUAACUCUAACACCAUGAAAAGUAAUCGACUUCAAAAAGUAGAGUUAGCUUUGACAGGCUCUGGACUUCCUGUCAUCUUACAGUUUGAUCCAGGAAAAUCACUUACUUUUGCACCUUGUUUCAUGGGUGAGCAUUCGGAUAUUCUAUGCAUUGUAAAAAAUCAAUCCAUAUCACUUCCUGUGAUGUACCAUUUUCAAAAAACUGCACACUUUAAAAUGGAUCCUGAAAGGGGCAAAAUUGAUGAAGGAUGUAUUCAGAAUGUGAUUUGUUCAUUUGUUCCACACCAAAUUGGAGUAUUUAAAGUGAAGCAAGUGAUUGAGAUUAUCGGCCCAGUGGUAGAUGAAAAUUUACGGUCAUUGUCAAUGAAACCAUUUCAUUAUAUACAUUUAGAAUUCAACAGCACUUGCAAAGCUUACACUAAGAAAGUCGGGGUGAAAAUUAAUCCUGGGAUAUCCCCAUUGAUCAGUAAUCCCACAAGACAAUUUGUGAUCAAAGAUUCAGAGAAAAAGGAUGAUCAUCCACCUGUAGCAGCAAUGCUCCAGUCAGCCAUGACAAACCUUCAUAAUCAUCACUCCAAUGAUAUGUCAGUGAAGGGUGCACUGAUUGCCUUUCCUAAUGACCGAGCUGCAAGUAUCAGGUGUGAAGACCACCAUGAACAAUUCAGAACAAUUUUCACAAAGAUGCCAAGGCAUGUCUAUGUGGAUCCUGAUUAUGAAUACACUGAUUUGGAAAAAUUGGAAAGGAAAAUGCAUCGAGAUUACUACACAGACUAUAUUAACAGUUUAAGAAAUAAGCGCCUUCUUAAAGAAGCACUGAGGGAACGCAGGUUUCCAGUAAGUGAAGUCGAUAUAGGCAUGCUGCCAUCAUCUGGUAUAAAGUCACCAUCAUUAUCUCAAUCAGAAAUCAAAGAGAUACCUUCAUCUUUAAAGACUGUUUCCCUCAGAGCUAAAAGAUUGCUAAGCACCAAGAAAAUAACAUCCAGGGAGACAGAAUCUCUGCAUAGAAAGAUCUCCAGAGGACUUAAAUCGAAGCCAACCACUCACCAAGAAAAACGUGACUGCAGCAAAGUUUUGACACCAAAGCAAAUCCAUCAAGUAAUUGUUGGACCAUCUGUUCUUAACUUUGGUAAUAUUUGUGUGAAAUCUACAAACACUCAGCUACUUCACAUUGUUAACAUGUUACCAAUGUAUAUAUUGAUACAGUUAGAUAUUAAUUUGCAAGAACUUCGGAAAACCAACCAAUUUUCCUAUGUGAUUCCACCUACAUCUAGUACAUAUAUUUCGAUGGUAUUUGAGUCUUCUACCAACGGGAAAUUUUGGAAAUCAUUUACCUUUAGAAUUAACAACAUACCUGGUGGACAUAUCUUAGUAAUGGCUGUCAUCCUGCCUGUAAAACUUGAACUGUCUUCUAAUGAGGUUGUGUUGAAACCCCAAACCUUCUUGUUGAAAACAUGUUUUCGGGGGACAGUCAGGCUAUAUAAUCAUCUGAAUCGUCCUGCCCAAUUUGAAUGGAAACCAGUAACUGCACUGGGAGGAAUUGCAUUUAGUAUUCGUCCAGCCCAAGGUGUUGUUGAUCCUUAUUGCUCAUUGGAAUGUGAAGUCACCUGGCAGCCAGGUUUUAGUUCUCCGGAGAAGGGAGAAUUUAUACUUGAAGUCUCUGGAGGAAAUACUCUGACACUGAAGUGUACUGCACAUGUUGGACAUACUAAAGUCACCUUUUUAGAGCCAAGAAUACUGUUCAGUAAUAGUCCUCAAGGUUUAACUACUUGGAGGAAAGCCAUUCUUCACAAUAUAGGGCAAAAUCAUGCUUAUUUUAAGGUUUGUGAUCAAAGCCUUUUGCCUACCAUUAAUAUUGUUCCAUCAGAAGGAAUAAUCCCAUUUGGGGGAAUAACUGUUCUUAAUAUCUCCUCUACACCCACUGUGGCAGAAAAAUUUGAUACGAGAGCAAAGGUUGCUAUUCAUCGUGCAAAUGUUAUAGAUCUUAGGAUUGGUGGAUCUGUUGAAAUUGCUGAUGUUGAAAUCUUACCUAAUGUAUUUAAUUUCAGUGGCACCUAUGUUGGCACUACAGGAGUUAUUCCAUUUUUAAUAAAAAACAAAGGUGUGACAAGGGCCAAAGUGGAGUUUAAUCUAAAAGACUUCCCACUUUUUGCAAUGGAUUUUAAGGGGAAUCCAGGAGAGUCCAAAAAUACUGAUGCUCCUUAUAUGUAUGGCAUAGAGGUAGAGGAAGGCACAUCUGUGGAAUGUGGCAUAACAUUUUCUCCUGUAGAAGUAGCAACGUAUGACUUUAGCUUUCCUGUCCAUAUUAAUUCCUUUAAGGCUUCGGAUCUCUACUGCGAGUAUUUGUCACAGAAAAAGGUUUUGAUUCCAAGUGUAUCACCAAUUAUUCCACCUUGUUUUGUUCAAGCUACUGUUUUACGAGCACCGUUGGAAUUAUCCAGCACGGAAUUUGUAUUCAAAGUCCCAUUAUAUGAGCUUCAACACAGUAAGGAAAUCACAACAAUUCAGGAUCUUGUGAUACUUAAUAUUUCAAAAAAAACUGUUCAGUGGUCUUUGGAUAUCCGUAAAAAUGACAAACUCUUCAAAAAUGGCAUAUUCAAAUUUACUGCAUUAAUUGGAAGUCUGAAACCAAAUGAAAAGUAUACUAUUUCCAUACAUUUCUGUCCAAAAAAGCCCGUAACCUACCUAGCUGAAGUUGCUAUACGUUUAAAUGAUAAUUUAUUUGACUAUAGAACAUUAAGUCUGAUUGGAGAGAUACAAUCACCAAAGAUAAUCUUUGAUCCACCAUUUAUAUGUUUUACUCCUGUUCCUUUGGAUACCACAGCUGGGGUGGAUAUCAGAAUUUUGCCACAGAACUAUUUCAGAAAUUCAGCUCUACAGUUCAAGAUUCCCACAGCAAAACUUCUUGAUGAUGAUGAGAUUCACCCACUUACGGUGACAUUUCCCAAAGGAAGAAUAAUCACAGCCUCUGAUACCGGACAUAAUAAGGAGCUACCAUGUCAUCUUAGUUUCAGUUCAUCUAAACCGGUUUCAUUUUUUGCCAAUCUUCUCUUUUGUGAUGACAAAGAUAACUGGUUUUCACUUCCAGUUACAGCAACAGCAGAAAAUUGCAUUCUUACUAUUUAUCUGUAUUUGGCAGUUCAUCUGGACAAACAUAAAGUUAUUUUAAAGAAUGAUAAAGAAGCAUCUCUUAAAAAGCCUAGAGGCAGUUUUUUGAUUCCUACGGUUCCACGCCGGGAUUCCAAAUCACUUUCUACACAUUUUUCGAAACGGACAUCCAUUGUUUCUAAAAUUAUUGAUGCUGACCUUACAUGUGGGAACCUAUUUGUUGGGAUGGAAAUUUCACGUGAUCGUUUUGACUCAGAUGACAGCAUUUUCGAUAGAGUCAAUGUUGGAUCUCUGGAAAAUGAAGAGAAGAACCAACAGUUCUUUGCACCUGAAAAAGGAUCAAAGGCUUAUGAAUAUUUUCAGAAGGUUGUUAAUGCAGCUCAGACCUGGUUCAGUCUCUUUGGCUGGCCUGAAGGGCCCCAUUCUCUUUCUAUUCCUGAGACAAUAAGAAGGGAUGUGCAGAAAAUACAAUUCUGUUCAUCAUCCUCACCACGCAAGAAAUAUUCCAGACAGUAUGAUUUUUCCAAAUAUAAUAAGACAAUUUAUGAUGUGGUAUUUAACUUGAGUGGAAGACUGCCACCUGGAAUUAACUCAAACCAGUCCUUACCUGUGGAUAACACUGAAAGGGUGAUCCAGCUCCAUUCGCAACAUGCCUCACUUCUAGACUUUAUCACUGCUCAAGGUGGAUGCAUUUCUCAUGUACUUCCAGAAUUUUUACUUGGACCAGAGGAUUAUAAGAAGUGGCUUGAAAUUACAACCUCCACUAAAAAUACAGCUCUCUGUACAAUUAAGGAAAAGUAUUCAGUUAAUAUAGACAUGGAUAAUUUUGAAGCCUGGAGUACACGGGCAUGGACAGAUGUAUUUCUUCAGAUAUACAAGGUUAUGAUUCUAUCUCGAGUGACACCACAUUCCUACAGUUCUGCUCCACGCAUAUGUGGGGCGAGCACUUCAAAAAUCAACCCCUGUUUUGCAUCCAGCAACAUAUAUUCUAAUGCUGAAAGGAUUCUACUUAGUUGGUUGAAUACAAAUUAUGAGAGUCAUCGACAUGUUAUAUGGAAAACCAACAAAUGCGAAAGUAUUCCUCCUGAGAGAUGGAUAGUGAAUUUUGACACAGAUCUUCUUGAUGGUCUUGUUUUUGCUACACAGCUGGCAGCAUAUUGCCCAUUUUUGAUUGAGUCUCAUUUUAUAAGUAUGUACACACGACCAAGACGUCCUGAACAGUAUUUCCACAAUUGCUUGAUUAUUAUAAAUAGUCUCCGUGAAAUUGGCUUUGAUUUGAAUAUACAGGCAAUUGACAUCUGUGAUCCAAACCCAGUGAUGAUGCUAAUGCUCUGUGUCUACAUGUAUGAAAGGUUACCUACAUAUCUCCCGAAGAAAGUGAUGGCAUUCUCUUGCACUCUGUAUGACGUUGUAGUGGGACAGAUAUUAGUGAAGAACCCAAGCUUGAAAAAUUUAGUGUAUACAGCUACAAUUGUUGGAAGAGAUGCUGCUGACUUUUCUCUCACCCAGACAGGGAAUGUUAUAACAAUUGCCCCCAAAAGCCAAAUUGUCCUCUAUGUGAAAUUUUUAUGUCGCUUCCUCCAUCCUACUGAAGCUACACUAUUAUUAAUUUCAAAACCUAAGGGUGGAGUAGGAGGCAGUACUAUGGCUUUUGCUCUGAAAGGAGAAGUACUAAAUUUUAAAGCAAUUGAAAUUCUAAAAUGCAAAUCUCCAUGUUAUCAAUGGAAAGAAGUCAGUGUAAAUGUGAAAAAUCCCUUUCCAGCGGGUGGAGAUUUUCGUGUCAUUCUUGUGGAAUCCACAACACUUAUGUAUUUGCCAUCACAAGUAACUGAAUCUUCAAAAGCUGCUGUGAUGCCUGAUCGUAGUAUGGAUAGUGACUAUGGUGCUGAUCGGAGUUCUUCCCAUGCUGAAAAUGGCUUAAGAACCUCAAUUAAGUCUAACUUUAUCAGAGAAUUCUUCUGUUCAAUGCCUACAUUUUUCUUGGAAGCCAAAGGAUCUUCAAGCCUGGAGAUCUACUAUCUUCCCUUUGACAUGCAUGUCCGCUAUUGUGCCGUCAUCCUGAGCAACAAAGAGAUUGGAGAUUUGAUAUAUAUUGUAGAAGGAAAAGGUUUAAUACCUUUGCCUUCCAAUUUCCAUUCAAUGAAGCCACCAAGUCCAAUUGACUACAGUAUUUCUCUAGAAGAAGAAUAUAAUAAGGAAGAUCCAGUUUUAUAUUUGGGCUGCAAACCUUAUCAAAUCCUUGAUGUGGACCUUAAAGUACCACUGACUAAUGAAGCCAAGGAGAAGGCUUUGGCUUUUGCAGCACAGCAACAGAUGUCAACUCUUGAGUAUGAAAGAAGGGCUAUCACUGGCACUCUGGAGAGCAGUACCAUUCGUGUGGCCAUUGCCCUCCUAGGACUAACCAAGAUUGAGUGCCUUUUGCUCUUUAAUAUGUCAAAGUUGAAGAAGCCUAAAUCCAUUUUAUAUACAACAGAACUGAGCCUUCCCGCAUAUUUUAAUAUACCCAGGAAAAUUUACAUUCCUCAGAUUCCAGAACCUCCAGCUAUCCAGACUCAAUCUCUAGGAAUCCAAACUGAAAUUAUAACAGAAGACCAGCCACCUCAAAAACAACUGCCGAGAACCCAAGCAGCUUUAGAAGGAACUGUUUCAAUUCCUCUACGAUUUGCUCCUCUUGCGCCUGGAAGAUACCCUUGUAAAAUUUUGUUGUUAUCAAAAUAUGAUGUGCGUGUAUAUGUAGUUGAAGGUAUAGUAAAUGAACAAGAACCAGAGGCUGAAUUGUUGUUUAAAACACCAGCAUUUGAACCCCUUACACAGCACAUCCCAAUAAAAAAUGAAACAAAGAAACAUUGGAAAUUUCAAGCUAAAGUAGAAGGAGAGUGGUUUCAUGGACCUCCACUUUUACAUGUUGGUCCUGGUGAAAUUGUCCAGUAUCCUUUGACGUUCAACCCCAUUUUGGAAUGUGAAAUCAUGGGUAAACUUACUUUAGAAAAUGAAGUAGAUGGUAUGGCACACAGCAUUGAAAUAGAUGGGAUUGGUACAAACCCUCUGGCCUUGGAUCAUAUUGUUAUAGACUGCAAAGUGGGAAAUGUGACAGACAAGUCCAUAAUAGUGCCUAAUUAUACAAAAAGUCUCCUGACAUUUAAGGUAACUGCAGAUCUCUCAAUAGUGUGGGGAAAUUCUUAUAUCACCAUAGAACCUGAGAGCUCAGUUCCAUACACUCUCCAUGUAUGCCCUUGGAAACGUGGAGAAUUCAGAGGCGCAAUUACAUUUACCGUUAAGAGAAGAGAUGAGGAAGACUCUCCGGAAGAAACAGAUCCGGAGAAAGAAGUCUCUUCACAGGAAACACCAUCAGAUCCAUCUACCAUUAUUUUUGAGGAAUACUCAGAUGAAAAAGUUAAAAAUUUAAAAAUCUGGUAUCAUCUUGAUAUCCGUAGCUUUCCUGGACCUCCUGUAGGCACAAUCGAACUUCACUGUAUUGCUCUGGAGACUGUCUGCAUUGAAAUUCCCAUCUCCAAUACAAAAGAAAUAAGUAUUCGUUUGGAUGUGAAAUUUACAUCCUCUGCUCUUAGUGGACCAGAGGAAAUGAGACUGCAUCCAUUGGAAUGUGUGAAUUACAUUGUAUGGUAUUCUCCAGCAGCCACAGGCUAUAAAGAAGAAAGCAUUAUUUUUCAACCUGAAAUGGGUGAAGAGUUCUGGUAUUUACUAAAAUUGACAACUGAUAUUCCCAAAACAAAGGAAAUACCAGAAAUGCAGUGUGAUCUUGGAAAGAAUAUCAUUCAGACCCUUCCUUUAUAUAAUCCUACGCAAGAAACAUUAGAAUUGAAAAUGAAGAAUAGUAAUCCUGAAAAUUUUGUCACGGACAUUAACAGAAAAACGCCAUUGGUCCUGCUACCUCACUCUACCACAGAGAUAUCUGUUUACUUUCAUCCAUCUGGACUGGGGCGAGAUGGUCAUGAAACUUGUAUUAACUUCUAUUGCACUCAGUUUAAAGAAUGGAAAUUCCACCUCUUUGGAGUAGGGCUAUUCCCCAAGCCUAUAGAUGCACAAAGAAUAACCACAGUCCUUGGUCUUCAAGCAUCUGUCAUGAUACAUUUCAAAAAUCCUACCCGUGAAGCUGUUUCCAUUGAUCUCAUAUUAACAAAUAAAGAAGAACCCAAGAAUCUUGUAAUUGACAAUUGCUGGAAUAGCUUCCUGCAUGAGAAUUCUGCCUUCCGAUUUAGCUCCAUGAGGCGUACACAUGGAAUUGUGGUGCCUCCUAAAGGAAGUUUAGAUAUCCCAGUGUUAUUUAUACCUACCACUAUGACGUUAUACAAAACAAUGGUGAUUGUUAAGGUGAAGAGAGCAAACAAAAAAAAUUGGCUUAUUGACAAUUUUGAUGAACUCAGUUUAGAAGCUAAGAGUCCCCCUCCCUCGUCAGCCCAAAGAGCAAUCAGGGUUCCCUGCCCUGUGGGAAGUCCAAGGACCACCCACCUCCAUCCAGGUCUAGUAAGUUGUAUUGGAGUAGAUCGUGGGGAAAUUCAAGCAAUACAUUGGAUGUACCCUAUCAUUGGACUUCCACAGGCACCACCCCCUAAAAGUACUGCAGUUGUCAUAAAAUGUCAGGCCAACAAGCGGGUAGAAGAGAAAGUGGAAGUGACAAUGAUUGGUAACUUUUUUGGACACCAUCCAUCACAUGACAAGAUAGACUUCGUAGUUUUUCCAAAGAGAAAUUCGAUUAACAGUAUUUAUGAAGACGUUAAUGUAACUCCUAAAAGGCGUGAAUUUGAAUAUGAGAUAGAAUUUGAGACUGAAGAAUUGAAGAGUAGCCUGGAAUCCUCUGUAACUUUAUAUUUGUAUAGGAAACAUUUUAAUGCAAAACAGCAAAUAAUUUCAUUGAUUUUCAAUGUGAUAUUUACACCAAACAAACCAUGCCGGACUCAUAUCAUAUUGAAAGUUGAGUGCAUAACAGAUGGAAUCUGGAAAUUUCCUAUAACGUUGAUUGCUACUGAACCUGAAGUGAAGGAUGUAAUUGACAUCCAAGGAGUCGGUUUAUUCAAUACAGCUGUCACAGAAUUUAGACUGACAAGUCAGACAAGGUAUUAUGAGUCAUUUACGGCCCAUUUUCUACCAGGUGGUGAUCGAGAUUUUUUUGUAAAUCCUCAGUCUGGAGAACUCCCUCCGUUUUACACAAAAGGAAUUCUCAUCAUUGUAGGAUUUAAACCGAAAAUGUACAGUAAGAAAUAUCAAGCAACACUUGUAAUACAGACAGAUGAAACAUACUGGCUGUAUGAAAUAAAUGGGUUACCUCCAUUACCAAAAUCAAUGGCACAUGUAAAAGCCAAAAUUGAUGCUAAUAACAAGACAUAUGACAGCAUGCCACCAAUUCGUCACAAUUUUAUUCGUGAAAAUGCUAAACUUCGAAGCACAGCAGUAUCUUCUACUAUUAAAGGUGCUCCUUUAGUUAAAAAGCAAAAAUAAAAAAAAAUUAAACAUU